GGGUGGGUAGUCGGGGAUGGCCCCGCAGUUCUUUUGUGGGGGCGAGCCUGCCUGGCUCUCUCGCACUCUGGCAGUCCCUUCCUUGGAGUCCUUCCUGGCACACGUCCCACUCAAACGACAGUGCUUGUAUUCGGGCAAUUACGGGCCUCUUGGGUUGCGAGGCUGCCACUGGGCAUGCCCAGUCCCGGGUCACGUGAUGCCUGUCAUGGCCGCCUCCGUGGCCCGGGGAGGCGUGAGUGCUGGAUUUCUGCUGCGGGCGGCCAGGGGAUCCUGGUGGAGCCGGCCUGGGGGCUCCUGGGGGUCUGGGGAGGCAGCGGCGCCAGUGACAGCCAGAAGAUUCCGAGCGACAGGCUCGCGCCCGGCGGGGGAAGAAGAAGCUGGCGGCCCCGACCGGCCCGGGGACGUGGUGAACGUGGUGUUCGUAGACCGGUCAGGCCAGCGGAUUCCGGUGAGCGGCAGAGUGGGGGACAAUGUGCUCCACCUGGCCCAGCGCCAUGGAGUGGACCUGGAAGGGGCCUGUGAAGCUUCCCUGGCCUGCUCUACCUGCCACGUGUACGUGAGCGAGGACCACCUGGACCUUCUGCCUCCUCCCGAUGAGAGGGAGGACGACAUGCUGGACAUGGCCCCCCUUCUUCAGGAAAACUCCCGGCUGGGCUGCCAAAUCGUGCUGACUCCUGAGCUGGAAGGCGCUGAAUUCACGCUGCCAAAGAUCACCAGGAACUUCUACGUGGACGGCCACGUCCCCAAGCCCCACUGACACCGGCAGCCGCGUGGCCCUGGGGAGCCGGGACCGGAGAAAAAACCAAGUUGCCAGCCCAGCCCAGAGCAUGGACAGGCCGGAGAGAGAUGCUGGAAGCAACCAGAAGGCCAGAGCCCCUGCCUCAGAGAGAUCCCAUGUCCAGGCUCUGGUUUUGGGGGCCGCAGGGAGACCCAGCCCUGCUGGGGAGGCCUCCCCGCAACUCAUGAGAAUCAGUGUGGAGAUAGGGUGGAGUCUGACCGGAGCAACAAUAAAACCAUCUCACGGA